GCGCACGGGCUCCCGCGGCGCUGUCCGCGGCCAUGGGAGUCUCCCGCUUACCUCCGGCCACGCUGACCCUGAAGCAGUUCUUGAGAAGGCAACAAGUCCUCCUCCUCUACAGAAGGAUUUUGCAAGCGAUUCAGCGAGUUCCAGAUGAUUCCGAUCGCAAAUACCUGAGGGACUGGGCAAGGGAAGAAUUCAAAAGAAACAAAAGUGCCACCCAAGAGGAUGUGAUCCGGAUGAUGAUCACUCAAGGCAACAUGCAGCUGAAGGAAUUAGAGAAAACACUUGCUUUAGCAAAAUCUUAACUUUAGCAUUGUUCUGAAGGGUUUUUAGUUUCUGUGUGUUCUGCUGAAUUGCAGUGUCACAAGAAACAGUGCAAAGCCAAGUUGAACUGUUUUUAUGGACAGUCUUCAGACCAAAUAGAUUACUGUCACACAGUGGGUACUCAGCCACCUCCCCCAAGCCAUCCAAACAGUUGCCUUAGUGCUGAAAAAAUGACCAUGAGCUUAAGCAGUAUUUCUAGAUGUGUUAGCAGUUUUAAGAAGCCAAAACCACUGAGGCAAAUGGCCAGUUAGCACACCGUUAGGCACCAUACUUAUCAAGAAGACACCACUCAAAACCAAGAAAAGGUGGGCAGUAUCAACAUGUCAAGAGGUGGAUGUUGUUAAAACCGCCUGCUGUGCCCGUAUCCUCUAUGAUCAUCACUUCAACUUCUGGCUGCUAACUUCCGAUCCAGCUCCGUGCCAAGGCACCUUGGAAAGUGGCAGAAAGUGGCCUAAGUGCUUGGGCCCCUGGAUACCCACAUGGGAGACCCGACAGAAGCUCCUGGUUAGCCCGUCUUCGGCUGGUGUGCCGGAGUUGAGGAGUAAGUAAAGCAGCAGAUGAAAGAUCUGUUUCUCCCUCUAUGUAAUUCUGCAAGCAAAUAAAUAAAUAAGAUUGAUUAAAUGUCUCUUCCAUAUCGAAGUGCUUGGUCCUAGUCCUGACUCUGAGCAAGCUUCUUACUGAGGUACACUCUGGGAGGCCACACAGAAUGGCUCAAAUGCUCGAUUCCUUGCUAUCCACAGGGAGACCUGAUGGAGCCCAGCCCCUGGCUUCCGCCUGGCCCACCUGGGCUGCACUGAUGUGUGCAGAAAAGAGUGGAUGGAGGAUCUGUCUCUCUGUCCUUUUAAUAAAUACGCACUCACACAAUGAACUAGCCUAUCACUUUGACCAUGAAAAACUGGAACUCCCUGCUGGUCGGAAAGGGAACUGUCUGCAGCUGCUUCGUGAAACAGUGACUGUUCCUCAAAAGGUUAAAUGCUGAGUUACACUACUUACCAAUUCUGCUUUUAGGUCUUAACCAUGAGGCCUGAAAAAAAAAUCCCUAUAAACUUGGACAUGAGUGUUAAUAGCAUUAUUCACAUAGUCAAAAGGCAGAAAUGAUGACUACCUGUGAACUCGUAAAUGAAUAAAUUGUCAUAUUUUUAAAAUGAAGUUUCAUUUAGGACUAAAAAGGAACACACUGAUAGACACUGCACAUGGAUAAGCCUUGAAAACGUGGCAGGAACCUAGUCAAAAGAUCACAUGGUUCACCAGCAUUGUGGUGCAGUGGGUAACACUGCCACCUGGGUAUCUCAAGGUGCUGGCUCAUGUCCACCAUUGGAUAUGAGCUACUCCACUUACAAUCCAGCAUCCUGCUGAUGCCUGGGAAAACAGAUGAUGCCCAAGCAUUUGGGCCGCUGCUCCCCAUGAGGAGAUACACAUGAAACUCCCAGUUUCAGUCUGGCCCAGCCAACUGGGGAGUGA